CUGGGAGACACAAAAAAAUGCGCAUCGUUGUUGUCGCCCUUCUAUUGGCAACAGUGGUGUGCGGAGCUCCGGACCAAGGCACGUAUGUGGCGGUCAAUUCGUACGGACUGACGCCGGCGUCUGUACUGGACACGGUUGGCGGGCGAGUGGUGACGGUCUCGGCCUCGGGCGACAAUCAGUUGUGGCUGGAGGGCCGUUCUGCAGCCGACGGAUCUCCGUCGAUGGCAUUCUCGGUGUGCACCGGAGCGGGGUGCGGCCGCAAUCCUGCGGCGGUGUUCCACGCUGCUGGCGCCAACUCGGGCACGCUGGUGGCGUACACGGCUGCGGACGGGACGCUUGCCCUCGUGUUCUGCGAGCAUGGACUCGCUACGUGCGUGGAUCGGACCAGCAACCUACCUUCGCUGGCGGGCGACUCGGGGUUGGAGCCGUCGAUUGCACUGGAUGCUGCUAGUGGCCUUGUGGUUAUUGUGACGCGCGAUAGUGCGAGCGGCUCACGGCUGCGGGCGUUCCGGUGCCCGGCGCUGGGAACGACGGCGUGCAGCUCUGCCAUUGUGGACGCGGGCGCGCCACCCGACUCUGGCUUGACGCCCUCGCUUGUGCUGGACCCGAGCGGGAGCCGCGGACUCGCGUUCACCCGUGAUGCUGUUGUCAACAACACGUUGCGGGUUUGGACGUUUAAUGUGAGCGACUCGCUGGCAGUCGCGGGCUCGAUUUCGAGCCUCAACGUGCCAUGCGGAUGCGACUCGUUGCCGAUGGCCGAGGAUGGAGGCACCGGGCUGGCGGCUGACUUGUCCUGCGUGGACGGGUGCGGCGCGUUCUACUCGGGCUUUCUGCCGUCUGCUAUUGUCAUUCCAGGCUCCUCGCCGGUCAGAUAUGGUGUGAUGACACAGGCACGUGGGGUGGCAGCUGGUGGGCUUGUACGGUCGCGGGCUCGUGUGCCGUCGUCGGCCGAGCACGUGCUGGUCUACCAUGUGUUUGAGGAGCUGAGCAGCGGCGAGCUCGGGUACCCUGCUGGUGCGCCGGUGUUCUUUACCAACCCGUCGUCAACCAACGUGGCGCCACCAUCACUUGUGGCGCUGCCUCAAGUCGAUCAGCGACUGGUGGCGGUGGCGUCUGUGAGCUCGGGCGGGCGGUUCUCCCUCCAUGCGUGGCGGUUUCGGUAUGACGGGAGCGAUAUGGCCGAGCUGGCUAUCAAUGCCGGGCUUGGCAACUCGGUUGAGCACGACCCGCACUCGAGGUCGGUUGUGUUCGACCCUGUGAGCUACAAUUUGCUCUCGGCCGCGACAGAUGUGCUCGGCUCGUCGUUGGGUCUCUUUGUGCAGCCAAUGGAGGAUACACCAGAGCCGAUCGAUGCCGCGUCUGUGCUGGCGGCCGACGCUACGUCGGUGACGGUGGGCUGGGCGCCGCCAACGCGGUACAACGUGCCAGUUGUGCGGUACGAGGUGCAGAUUCCGGAUCAUGGUGGCACGAUGUCGGACACGUCACCGAUGUACGUUGUGCUACCGGGCGCAGGCGAGUCGGGCUCGUACUUGGCCUCCAAUCGGACGUCGUUUACCGAGUACUCGUUCAGGGUUCUUGUGGAUCCGCCGAGCUCGGUGCUCUCGAUCGGUACGCCAAAUGACUUCCGGAGCACACUCGUGCUCUCUGCCGACACCGAGUUCUCGAUCUCGAUCCGUGCAGUCAACUCGAACGGGACGGCGCCCUGGUCGGAGCCGCUUGUGGUCUCGACAGACACAAUCAACAUCUCACCGCCGGAUGCACCGCCGCGGCCUUCGGCGAGCGAUGUGACGUCGUCGACGCUGCGGCUGGCGUGGAUUGCGCCUGCUGACAACAACCUGCCGAUCACUAUGUACAUCGUCCACCAGAUCUCGCCGGCGCGGGUGCUCAACACGACGACCACCUUUGCGUUUAUCGACGAGCUCCUGCCGAACCAGUUUUACCAGUUCCGGAUUCAGGCUGUGAAUGGAAACGGAACGUCGCCGUUCUCGCCGCUGCUGGAUGUCAAGACGGCGACGAUUAACGCGCCGCCCGAGGCGCCGGGCGGGUUGUACCUCGGGAGCGUUGCAACGUCGUCGUCGCUGGUCUCGCUGCGCUGGGACGUAUCGCCACCGAACGCAGCCGACCCGCCGUUUGCAUUUCAGAUUCUUGUCGAGCGACUGGCGUCACUUGUGGAUACUUCGGGCGAGGCCGCGAGUACCAUUGUAGAGGUUUUCCCACAGAAUCCGAACGACGCGGCGCAGCUGACGGCGGUGGUCACGGGCUUGCUCCCUGCGACGACGUACCGGUUCUCGGUUCGAUCGCGCAACACGAACGGGACGUCGGACUACGCAGCGACGAUGGUGACGGAGACGACGCUUGCGGACGUGCCAGAGGCGCCGCUGCCACCGCUCGUGGCGGGCAUUGCGUGGAACUCGGUCAACUUUACCAUUACCGCGCCGGCAGACAACGGCUCGCCCAUUUCGCGGAUUACAGUCUACCGCAAUGGGGAGUUUGUGCGUGCGCUCGAGGGCGCCGAGCUCGCUGCGCCGCAGCCGUACUUGUUUGUCGACUCUAGGCUUAUGCCGCUCUCGCUGUACGUGUACACAGUGUCGGCGUCGAAUGCGGUGGGUGAGUCACCGGUCUCGGCGGCGCUGUCUGUGCAGACAGGCGCGGAGCCGACGAUUGCGGCAGUGACACCACCACCGCCACCGCCGUCGAACACGCUGCUUGUAGCGUCGGCCGCUGGGCUCGGUGCCAUCCUUCUCUUGGUGGCCAUUCUUCUUGUGAUCCUCAUUGUGCGGCGGCAGAGGAAGCGCGCGCGGGCUGGGCCGCCGAUGCCGGACUUUACGCCGUUCCGGUUUGGCAAGUACGGGACGACGGCUGUGAAGCCUGCGGUGAGCCAGCGCGCAGGACUUGUCGAGUCUGUACUCCCGUUUCUGUUUGACCAUCCGACGAACGCGGUGCUCAAGGCUAUGCUUAUGUGCGUGGAUCCGGCCGACGCCGACGACUUUGCAAAGUCGCUCCUGGCUGUGGCGCUGGCCAAGGGGAAGGAGAAGGAAGUGAUUUUGGCGGCGUGCGCGCUCGAGGUGGAGAGGGCGGACUCGCUGGGUACCCUUUUCCGGGUCAACUCUGUGGCGACCAAGCUGAUGCAGGCGUACUCAAAGGCCGUAGGCCUCCCGUACAUGUGGGAGGCUGUGGGUCGGCACGUGGCGGUGUGGUACCACGAGAACCAUGCCGGCGAUGACGAGGAGGCCGGCGAGGCUGCUGCGCCGCAGGGUCUUUCGACGCGCAACAUGGAAAUCGACACGUCCAAGGUCGGUGCCGGCCAGGCCGAGACCAACAAGUACCUGCUGAUGGCGAUGUGCCAGCAGUUCUUUGAGUCGAUUGUGUCUACGGGCAAGUUUGUGCCGGUCGGCAUGCGGCGGAUCUGCCUGUACCUGCAAAAUGCAGUGUCGGCCAAGUUCCCGACGGUCGGCACAACGCCUACGAACUCGUAUCUCUUCCUCCGGUUCCUCAACCCUGCUAUUUCCGCGCCGGAAGCAUUUGGCGUCCUUCCCAACCCACCUAGCCGCGAGGAGCGGCGGCAACUCAUUUUGGUCACCAAGGUCCUACAGAACCUCGCGAAUGGCGUGCUGUUUGGCACCAAGGAGCGAUUCAUGGUGCAGCUCAACCCGUUCCUCAACACCAACAUGCCGCGACUCAACGACUACGUGCGUGAUGUGCUCAACAUCAAUGUGCCGUCGUUCGACCCGUUCCCGGCCGCCGAGGAGAUGCCGGCGUCGGUGCUUCCACUCUCGCUCGCCGUCCUCCACGGCUACCUCGCCCGAUUCCUCACCAAGCCCAAGUUCAAGGCUGUGCUCAAGGGCGCAACGCCAAUGGCCGGCUACGAGGUCCUGCCGGACAUCGAAUCGUCUUCGUCUUCAUCAUCGUCGUCUUAUUCGUCAUCAAACUCGUCGGGCGACGAGAACAAGACGGCUGCGUCUUUGCUCCCGCCGCCGGCUCCGUCGACCGGCACGACCGGCCUCCUCCCGCCGCCGCCGCCGCUCCUCGCGUCCGGCCCUGGCGCCGCGCCGCCUCCCACCGGCGCCGGUGUCGAGCUGGCUGCCCUCUCACCCAGCGCGGUCGUUCUCGACAUGCCCGGCGGCGAGGCCGGCGGCUCGGGCAGGGUGGCGGCGGCGCUUGCAUCGCGCCGCGGCUCGGGCUUUGAGGAGAUGUCGAUGGUCUCGUCCAUCGGCGGCGACGACACCAACGACUCGGCGCCGGUCAACCACGGCUCGAUGCUCUUCCGCCAGUUCAAGCUUGUCGUCCAGCAGCUCGGCAAUCCGCUCACCAAGUCGCAGCUGUUCCCGACCAAGUCCCGCAAGAAGUAGAGGGGGACAAGGAUGCGGAGGACAAACCUUCCUUUGGAUACCACACUCAUUUUUCACUGCAACUCUGCAACACUUUAUCACAUUUCUUUCACGCUGUAAAC